AUGCCAAACGACACACCAAUAGCCCAAGGCGCCGAAGCUUCUACCCCGGUAGCCAAAGAGCCGAAGCAAACCUGGCGCCGCACCUACGUCGGUCAUUGGCAGAAGCUCUCGCUUGACGAAUUCGAAGCCAUUUGCCACAUCAUUUACUAUACCCCCCCGCCUCAUGCUAUUCACCUGGGAUGCCUGUUUGACCUGCUCAGGGUUCGACGUCGAACCGAAGAGGCCGCUGUCUAUAUCCGCGAUGCGGUGAACUCGCCAUUUGAUCAACGGCGCCACUCGUCAGCGGUGCAGCUCUCGAAGCUCAAGAAGGCUUGUUCGAAAUUAAGCGAAGCAUACAAGAUAGACGAGUACGCUUGCACCAUUGCAGUGGAGAACAAAGGCAUUCUAGACGACGCGGCCGCGAGGGUUCUGAAGAAGGAGCCUGACAAUCUCGACGCAAAGUCAGGGGAGGCUCUAAAUGAGCUUCAAGACGUCAUCGGCGGCUGCGCUUCCGGUACGGCUGCGGCUUACAAGACGCGGGCAACAUUCCUCGGCCUCCUGCAUGUUGGGGAGAAGAUGAUGAUGGAUCUGACAGCCGCAUUAGAGAUUCACAAAAAGACAAUAGGCCACGCGCAACAAGGUCCAACUCCAGGAAAAGGAAAACAACUGGAGGAAAUCGAGAUGCCCGAGGGUCUUCGCAGUAAGCUCCUGGUUCAGCGAGGGUUGCAAUAUCUGUUCAUGGCUUGCGCUGAGGCCAUGAUCAGCUUUAGCACUGCCAAUGAGUCUCCGGCAGAGAAGCGUGCCGAGUCACAAAAGCUCGCCUGGAGCCAGGCAAAACAUGCCCUCCGCGAUUUAAAGGACUUUCUCGGGACUCUCCAAUACUCUCCCAACUGGCCUGUCGAGGUUUCUCUGGAGAUGCAUCAGAUGAUUAUGCAGGUACCGAAUGCGAGAUGGCCAAAGGCCCAGAUUCGACGGACUCGAGUUUGCCCAUCCGUCGAGUACAGUGUGUACCCAGUGUCGCGUCUUUUCGAAGCUCGCCCCCCCGAUGACCUUCCAGAUUUCCUGCCACCCUCGCCACCAGAGUACCAGCCAUCAGCGCCUUCAGACUUCCUACCAUCGGAGCCACUAGAGUACUCUACGCCGCCGCCACCGCCGCCACCGUAUGGACUUGCUGUAGCUCCGGGGACAAGGAGAGAGAGUGUAUCUACGGAAACAUUCAGCAAUCCGGCCAGUUCAGGAACCGACACCGCGAGCAGACAAAAAGAGCCGGGAUGUGAGUUCGUCACGUAUCAUCCAUACCUCGUUGAAGCUCUACACGGGCUGCUUAUAUGCCACUGCCUGAUACAGACAUCCCCAAAGGUUAUUCAGCGACACGCCUACAUGGUUGCACGCCUCACAAGCCUUAUCGAUGGCUUUCCGCUGUUCGAAGCAGAGUUGGAUGAUGCCCAAAACAAGUGCUACUCAGACAUCUGGCGGUAUCUUACUCUUCAACCAGAGUCAAGCACCGGGCUGCUUCCACUUUCACUUCGGUGGCCCGAACUUUGCAAGCGGAGGUCCUCCCAGGGUAUUGCCCCCGGCCACAAGCUGCCUGGUAAGGAUUGUCAAAAUGAGGACCGCUCUUUCGGCGCUUCAGCUAGCUGGACCGCACGCGCCAUACAUCAUUGGCUUCAAGAGAAGCCUGUCAUUCAGGGGGUAAAGAAAGUGAAGAAGAAGAGGACUGCGCUGGUGCCAGUGCCAGCUGAAUAA